AUGAAUGACUGGCAAGCAAUCCAACAACAUGCACUCACACUCUACAUCAGCAACAUAUUACAAAGGAACGUCAAUAUUGUCGAUUUGGGUGGCAGAGAGAUUAUUUCAGUAAUCGAAUUCUUGUCUGGAGUGAAGCACAAACAGACAAGAGUUCGUGCAAGUGUAUGUUCCAAAAUGCAAGAGUAUGAAGUCGCAAAUGAGGCGAUAAAAUUUCUGAAAGAACAAGGGUUGUUAAGUGUCAGUAUUGAGUCGGAGAAUAUAGUGAACCACGACAUCAAGACUUUAACGGCUCUCUUUGUUGAAAUUGUGAAAAAGUAUAACAAAUUGACUCGGAAUGAAACGAAAGAAGUUUUGGAAUGGGUGAGGAACUUAACAGGUGUCAAUACAACAACUUUUAAAGAUUGGACUGAUGGAACAUUGUUGAAGUCUUUACUGAAGUCCGAGCGACCGUUUGAACUCUUCAAUUCUCUUGGAAUCUGCCGUGUAGUCGAGGAUAACAAAUUGGGCAUUGAGGAAUUAAGCUCGACCAUGCAAAUCAAAUUCAUCUUCGAUAAAAGGGACAACGUUGAAAUGCAUCGGUUCGAAGUCAACCAAACCAACACCGCACGAACAGUUAUUGUACAAACGGCAGAGAUCAUAACAGAUGAUUCGUCGGAGACAACACAAAACAACAAAGAUGUAUUUUCACAAACUGCCGAUCCUAAAAUAGAAAUAGACCUUUCAUGUUCAUUACACAAUCAACGGGAAUUAUUGGAGGAAAACUCGGAAAAAAAUCGGGAUAUGCCGGUAACUGAAAACCAGUUACUAAAAACAGCCGAUUUGGGAAAAACUCAAAAAAAGGAAAAUUACUUACAAUUCAAUAAGGAAAAACAGCACGAAAAUAGAGAAGAAAACGGGCAAUGGACCAAUACGUACAAGUCAAUACGUUUUCAUCUUGGUGAAGUAAAAUCAUUAACUAAAAAGACAGCCCAAUCAAAAAACGGGAAAGCUGGAACUGUGAGUGAAAACACUAUGGAUGCUGAGGGGAGGACGAACAACGAUAUUGAAAAGUUGACACCUGGGUUUGUGAAUGAGAGUGAAACGACAGAGGAGGAUGAAGACACCUGUGAAUUUGAGAUAGAGGAUAUCGAAGUCGACGAGUUUGGAAAGGAAGAGAUCAAAGCUGCCCGCACGAGAAAGUUACAAGAGAUCGAAAGAAUGCGAAAUGAUGAGAACAAAAUUGAGAAGCCGACAAGCCAAGAGUACAUCAACGUGUACUCAAUCCAACAACAGAUGAUUGAAAAGUCGGCGGCGGAUUACCUUGACAAAAUUCAACCCAGCGAAACAGCAAAAGACAGCAGCGAGCAAAUUGAGAAGUCGGAGGAGUCCAAAGAGACACAAACCGAAAUAAUCAAAGAAGUGAAAACACCAAAACUCACAAAAAUUGAUAAAAUGAUGAUUGCACAAGAAAAGAAACGGCGGCUCCGCGACGUCAAUUGUUUGGUCGAUCGAUACAUUGACAAUAUCAAGGAGUGGGUGGACGUGAGCAGUUACACAAUCAAAUACGACAGCUCAAAACAUGGGUUAACAUCUCUUGCGUUCAACACAAAAACAGCGCGGUGUCCAAACCUUAUGAUACUUGUCAUCACCACAGAAGGGUUGUCCUUUGGUUGUUUCAGCCACAAAAUUUUCCCCCGCAGUCCAAAAAAAGGGCACUCUUAUGUGAAGAACGACAACGACUUUUUCAUCUUCUCGUUCAACACAACCGCCGGCGAAAAUCCUCUCAAGAUUAAGCGAAAGAAAAAAGGGAAAAGUGUCUCGGUGUGGAGCCAACACUCAAGAAGUGUGGUGUUUUCAAUCAAACGAUUCGUGACAAUUAACCAGAAGGACCAACAGUCAACUUUUUGUAAAGAUCUGUUUGAGUCUGAAUACGAAGACGUUUCAAAGAGGGGAGUUGUGGCGUUCACUGGAAGACUUGCUUUCGAUGUGGACAAAGUUGUUGCUCUUGAGUGGUCGUAG